ACGGUGCCGCGUGUCCGUGAAGGCGCCGCGGCUGCUGGUGCCGUGGAGGCAGUCCGGUGAUUUUCCACUGCUGCGCCGCUCCGCCGAGACAAAGGUCAGAGCCAGACGCGUAUAAAUAGAGCCGAGAACCACCGAGGGGCACUCCCAGAACCUCAGCCGCACCGGAGGACACGGACCCUCUCAGAGGACACCCAGCAAGGACACGAAUCGCAUCCGAGCAGCAGAAUGGCUCAGAAAGAGAAGCUCCAGUGCUUGAAGGACUUCCAUAAGGACACUCUGAAGCCAUCUCCUGGGAAGAGCCCUGGCACCCGGCCUGAAGAUGAGGCAGAGGGUAAACACCCCCAGCGAGAGAAAUGGGCCAGCAAGCUGGAUUUUCUUCUGUCUGUGGCUGGUGGAUUUGUAGGUUUAGGGAACGUCUGGAGGUUCCCAUACCUCUGCUACAAGAAUGGAGGAGGUGCAUUUCUCAUCCCGUACUUUAUUUUCCUCUUUGGAGGAGGGUUGCCCGUCUUCUUCUUGGAGGUUGCUCUGGGUCAGUUUACCUCUGAGGGUGGAAUCACCUGUUGGGAGAAGCUCUGCCCAAUCUUCACUGGUAUUGGCUACGCCUCCAUUGUGAUUGUUUCUCUGCUCAAUAUUUACUACAUUGUCAUCCUAGCCUGGGGCGUCUACUACCUGUUCCAGUGUUUUCAGCCAACCCUGCCAUGGGCCAAAUGCAAUCAUUUGUGGAACACCGAUCGCUGCAUCGAGGACACCUACCGCAAAAACAAAACUCACUGGCUUCCCGGCAAUGCCUCAAACUUCACCUCCCCUGUCACUGAAUUCUGGGAGCACAAUGUGCUGGGUAUCACAACUGGUAUAGAUGUGAUGGGUAAUGUUAAAUGGGAUUUAGCUUUUUGCUUGCUGCUUGUCUGGGUCAUCUGCUUCUUCUGCAUCUGGAAAGGAGUCAAGUCCACCGGCAAGGUCGUCUACUUCACGGCCACCUUCCCGUUUGUUAUGCUCAUUGUGUUGAUGAUUCGUGGUGUAACUCUGCCUGGUGCUGCCGAGGGUAUCAAAUUCUACCUGUACCCUGAUAUAGAUCGUCUCAAAGACCCAGAGGUGUGGAUUGAUGCCGGCACCCAGAUCUUCUUUUCCUAUGCCAUCUGUUUGGGCGCCAUGACUUCGUUGGGGAGCUACAACAAGUACAAAUACAACUGCUACAGGGACUGUUUGCUGCUGGGAGCCCUCAACAGUGGUACCAGUUUUGUGUCUGGCUUCGCAAUAUUUUCCGUCCUGGGCUUCAUGGCACAAGAGCAAGGGGUGGACAUUGCUGAUGUGGCAGAGUCAGGUCCAGGCCUGGCGUUCAUUGCCUACCCCAAGGCUGUAACCAUGAUGCCUUGUCCUACACUCUGGGCGAUUCUCUUCUUCAUAAUGCUGCUGCUGCUUGGCCUCGACAGUCAGUUUGUGGAGGUGGAAGGGCAGAUCACAUCACUGGUGGAUCUGUAUCCGUCCUUCCUAAGGAAGGGUUAUCGCAGAGAGGUCUUCAUUGCUAUCAUCUGCUGCAUCAGCUACCUGUUUGGUCUCACCAUGGUUACUAAGGGUGGUAUGUAUGUUUUCCAGCUGUUUGACUACUAUGCAGCGAGCGGUGUGUGCCUUCUCUGGGUGGCAUUCUUUGAAUGUGUAGCUGUUGCCUGGGUUUAUGGCGUUGAUAAUUUCUAUGAUGCACUUGAGGAUAUGAUGGGCUACAGACCAAAUCCUUGGAUGAAAUGGAGCUGGACUGUGGUCACUCCGUUCCUGUGCAUGGGCUGCUUUAUUUUCUCCUUGGUCAAAUACAAGCCAUUGACGUACAACAAGGUCUACGAGUAUCCGGACUGGGCCAUCGGAAUGGGCUGGACUCUGGCUUUGGCCUCCAUGAUCUGCAUCCCCAUGGUGGUUGUCAUCAAGAUAAUUCGGUCUGAUGGGCCGCUGAUUGAGAGGAUUAAGGCGGUGGCGGCGCCGGUUCGUGGCGGGGCCAGUUCCCGGCCAGCAGACCACUAUGGCCCCAAGGAUCUCCGUUACGCUCUGGACCCCAAUGGGAACAAAGGCCUGCUGCCAAAGGGCCCCAGCCACACGAUUGUGGAAACCAUGAUGUAAAGGUGCGAGACGGAGACUCUCCAUGAGCUCGUCCUCCCGUCCUCUCCUGCCCAUGUAAAACGCUCGCUUCCUGUCUGUCUCUCUGUCUGGUGGAUUGUAAGGAUUUUAAGGAAACACUUCUAGUUCCAUAUCUUUUAAGAAUUUUUUGGAAGUAGUUUGCUGACGGUGGAUUUUGUAAGAGGGUAGAAAUCACAUUUCAUAUUGGUUUCUGACUUCCUCAUGAGGUAUUUUUUUGUGUUUUUGACCAGUAUGUAAUCAAGUGACUACUUAACCUGUUGUUAAGAUGCUUUUCCAUAAAAUCAGCUAACCUUCUGAAAAGAC